AUGUCCGCCGACUUCUGGGCCGGCUACAUCUCCGGCGCCGCGGGCAUCAUUCUCGGCAACCCGCUCGACGUGCUCAAAGUCCGCCUGCAAGCCGGCCUCACCGCUACCCCGCCAUCCGCCGCCGCUCCGGUGACACCGACACCAGCAUCCUCCAGCUAUGUCCGCCCUUUUCUCCUCGGCACCGCCGCCCCAGUCCUCGGCUACGGCGCCCUCAACGCACUCCUCUUUGUCUCGUACAACCGCACCGAAGCAUUCCUCAACCAGCUGACCGGAACCACCAGCGACGGUCAAGGACGCGGCACAAACCUCGCGACGACCUGGCUGGCCGGCGCCGUCGGCGGGCUCGCCACAUGGGUCGUCUCCACCCCGACCGAGCUCGUCAAGUGCCGCGCCCAAUUGCAGAUCCCUUCUUCCCAGGCUCUCGCGUCGCUGGGAAGGGCAGGGGCAGGGGCAGGGGCAGGGGCAGGGGUAUCCUCCCUCGCGAUCACCAGACAUAUCCUCCGCACCACUGGCCUCCGAGGCCUCUACUUUGGGGGCACCGUUACCGCUCUCCGCGACAGCAUCGGCUAUGGGUUCUACUUCUGGGGGUAUGAGCUCUGCUCGCGCUUGACGCCUUCUCUUGGCCCCUUUGAGCUAGAAAGCGGGGACAGCACCGGGGGGUCUGCCAGGAGCGACGCCAUGCGCGUGCUCCUAUGCGGCGGCCUCGCCGGCAUCAUCACCUGGGCGAGUAUUUUUCCGCUCGACGUGGUCAAGACGAGGGUGCAGGCGCAGCAGUUGCCUCUGGACCAAAGUGGCUUGUCAAGCGACAGAGCGCCACUGCUUGGCGGGGAAGAGCGGGCUAGCGUUGCAGGAACGAAGACGCUGGGAGCGUGGCAGGUUGCGAAAGAGGCGUACCGGGAGGGAGGGGUGCGCGCGUUAUUUCGGGGGCUGACUGUUUGCAGCAUCAGGGCCUUUAUUGUAAAUGCCGUGCAAUGGGCGGUGUAUGAGUGGAUCAUGAUGGAGCUUGGGCAGGGGAGGGAAAAGCAAGGGGUCAAGGACGACUUACGGGCUGUUGCUGAUUAG